AUGUCGACAAUCGCAGCCGGGCUCGCGCGGGCGCUUCCCAAACCGAAAUACACAGGCGAAGAUGAAGAGGCACCGUCACACGGCCAGCAGGCACGCGGCCCGCGGAUCCUCGGCCCGGGUCAGCUCGACGAGACGCAAGUGGUGCUGAAGAGGGCCGGCCCACCCCCUUACGGCCAGCGAUCGGGAUGGCGGCCGCGCAGUCAGGAGGACUUUGGCGACGGCGGCGCGUUCCCCGAGGUGCCCGUGGCACAGUACCCGCUGCAGAUGGGCAAGAAGGGGGCAACCAAGAGCAACGCGCUGGCGGUGCAGGUGGGCUCCGAUGGCAAGGUCAAGUAUGAUGCCAUCGCGAGGCAGGGCCACAGUGAGAGCAGGGUCAUCCACACUUCGUUCAAGGACUUGAUCCCGCUGCGGCAGCGGGCCGAGGCUGGCGAUAUCAAUCUUGAGAGGCCGAGCGAGGAGGAGGUUGCCGCCACGACUGAGAGGACCAAGAACGCACUGGCUGCGCUAGUCAGCGGCGCGGUGGCGGCCCAGAAGCCCAAGAAUGUCAACGUUGGCCAGCGCAAGGACGCGACGUUUGUGCGGUACACACCGGCAAAUCAAAUGGGUGACUCUUCUAAGAAGCAGGACCGGAUUAUGAAGAUUGUAGAGCGGCAACGGGAUCCGAUGGAACCUCCCAAAUUCAAGCACAAGAAGAUCCCGCGAGGCCCACCCAGCCCGCCCCCGCCAGUCAUGCACUCGCCGCCGCGCAAGCUGACGGCUCAGGACCAGGAGGACUGGAGGAUACCGCCGCCCAUCUCAAACUGGAAGAACCCCAAGGGUUUCACGGUACCCUUGGACAAGCGUCUGGCUGCCGACGGGAGGGGCUUGCAGGACGUCACGAUCAACGACAAAUUCGCACAGCUAUCAGAGUCCCUUUACGUCGCCGACAGGCAUGCACGUGAGGAGGUUAAGCAGAGGGCGCUCAUGCAGCAGCGCCUGGCAGAGAAGGAGAAGGCUCAGAAGGAGGAAAACCUGAGGCAGCUGGCGCAAAAGGCGCGGGAAGAGCGUGCCGGUGCUGGGAGCAGACGGCGGUCCAGGUCUGGCAGCCGCAGCAGCCGAUCCUAUUCAUCUGGUUCAGACAGCGAGGAAUCUGACAUCCGGGAACGGGAGGAGGCGAGGAGAGAGCGACGCAAGGAGGAGGAACGCAAAUUACGACAGUCUAGGAUGGGCGCGGAGAGGAGAGUACAGGUCAUGGCACGGGAGCAGAACCGAGACAUCUCUGAGAAGAUUGCUCUGGGACUCGCCAAGCCCACGCAGUCGGCAGAAGGCAUGUACGACUCCCGACUUUUCAACCAGUCGUCUGGUUUCGAGGGCGGCAUCAACGAAGACAAUCCCUACGACAAACCGUUGUUUGCGGUCCAGGACGCCAUCAGCAGUAUCUACCGUCCUCGUGCGAACAACGAUGAUGAGGACGAGGCGGCAGGUGAUGCGGAGAUGGCCAAGAUACAAAAGGCGAGCAGGUAUGGUGAGGUGCUGGGCCGUGGGACAUUCUCCGGCGCCGGGGAGGUGGAGGCCAGAGAAGGCCCGGUGCAGUUCGAAAAGGAUGCUGCCGGGACGGAUCCUUUCAAUGUGGACAAGUUCCUGUCCGAGGUCGAACAGACCGCCUCGUCAAAGAGGGGAUAUGGUCUCCAAGAAUCAGGCAACGAUGGUGGCAGGCCGAAGAGGGCUAGGGUGGAGGAUGACGAUUGA